GGUUGCGGGUUCGAUUCAGCACACCGCCAAUGGAAGAAGAAGAGCGGCGAUGCCGCUGCUCGCCAUGGCGGCCUUUCUCAUUCUCAUCAGCGAUGGCGCCUCCGCGGCGAGCGUCACGGCCGCGGAGGCGCUCCAGCUUCGUGACGAGGUGAAAGAAAUGUUCUACCACGCUUACAAUGGCUACAUGGCUCACGCAUUUCCUCUAGACGAGCUCCGGCCGAUGAGCUGCGCUGGAGAGGACUCUCUCGGUGGCUAUGCACUCACUUUGGUUGAUUCUCUGGACAUGCUAGCCGUGCUGGGUGAUCGAGAGAAAUUCUUUGACGCUGUGAAUUGGAUUGGUAAACACUUACGAUUCGACAAAAAUAAGACUGUAUCCGUGUUUGAGACUACGAUUCGCGUGCUUGGAGGCCUUCUUUCUGCUCAUAUGCUUGUCAGUGACCAAGCCACGGGAAUGGUAAUGUAUGAUUACAAUGACGAGCUACUUAAUCUUGCAGAAGACCUUGGUCGGAGGCUUCUUCCUGCUUUCGACACACCUACUGGAAUACCUUACGGUUCUGUAAAUCUUCUCUAUGGAGUGAGCGAAGACGAAAGUCAGGUAACAUCAACAGCGGGUGGAGGAACUCUAACCAUGGAAUUCGGUGUUCUAAGUCGAUUGACUGGCGACCCUGUGUUUGAGGAAGUCUCUCGAAAUGCAGUCCGUGGACUUUGGGCCCAACGUUCUCACAUUGGUCUUGUUGGUGCUCACAUUAAUGUGCUUUCCGGAGAGUGGACACAUAAAGAUUCCGGAAUUGGAACGAGCAUAGAUUCGUUCUACGAAUAUCUUUUGAAGGCUUAUUUGCUUUUUGGAGAAGAUGAGUACCUGCAUAUGUUCAAAGAAUCAUACAAGGCAGUAAUGCGCUACCUAUUCAAAGAUCCAUGGUAUAUGGAGGUCAACAUGAACAGCGCCGUUGUUGUUUGGCCUCUUUUCAAUAGUUUGCAAGCGUUUUGGCCUGGACUACAGGUCUUGGCAGGAGAUGUAGAACCCGCUACUCAAACUCACACAGCAUUUUUCUCUGUGUGGAAGAAGUUUGGCUUCACCCCAGAAGGAUUUAAUCUUGCAAGCAUGAGCAUACAGCCAGGUCAAAGGAGCUAUCCUUUGCGGCCAGAAUUAAUUGAGAGCACGUACUGGCUUUACAAAGCGACCAGAGAUCCAAUUUACCUUGAUGCAGGUCGUGAUAUUUUGGCCAGCAUUCAGUAUGGAUGCCGCUGUCCAUGCGGCUACUGCCAUAUUGCGGACGUUGAAACACACCAACAGGACGAUCACAUGGAAAGCUUUUUUCUCUCUGAAACUGUAAAAUACUUGUACUUAUUGUUUGAUCUUGCAGCGGGCGGUGAUAACAUUGUAGAAAAUGGACCUUACCCGUACCUGUUUUCAACGGAAGGUCAUUUGUUUCCUCUAACCCCGCAAAUAUCAUUGCCAAAAGAGUGCUGCACGUAUUCUGGAAGUUUUUGCCCAGACUCCUCGAAGUCGAACUGGAUGCUACACAAUGCAACGAAUCACGUCGACGCUGGUAGUCCACUGAAGGGAGCGUGUUCUCAGCUCAGUCUCUGGAGACGCCUCGCAAUUGCGAACAAGUUUGCUAAGAAGACGAACAAGCGCAAAUCGGCAAGGAUGAGCAGUAUACUGGAGGCGGUCGAGAAAGCUGGAAACGAGCUGGUAAAAGUGGAGAUUCAGACAGAUGUGGCUUUGGAAGAUGAUCACUCCACUCAGGAAGACAAAGGCCAGGAAAUCGCCGCCGAAGAAACAAAAGAGAACGGGAACCUUUCAAGCGAUUGAAAUCAAUAACAGAAUCUAAACCCUUUUUUCGCAAAAACUUAUUGGGUCGGAAUAUGACUUAUACUUCGAGACA